UGGCUAUUGGGCGUGUGUACGAUGUGGGCUACUCGAUGCGGUGGAGUAACUGUAGCUAUUUGUUGUGUAUUGUCGGGACACCGCCAGUAACGUAGGUUAUGAGUUCUCUCAGAUUUCAGGUGCAUGAUAUUUAAUAUGAUAUUUGAGGUCAGUGUGUUGCCGUGGAUAGGAGUGGUACGACUUGUGUCGUCGUAAGUUCCCCCCCCCCCUUCUCUGUGUGUGGAAGCGAGCAGCCAGCAGGUUGUGGGUGUGUCGGACCGCCUUGCGGCCGGGGGACGGACAAACACCACAGCGAACAACAUGACUCAUGAGGAGACACACGUUUACUACAGCAGUAGACAGCAGCACAGUUUACUACGCACUGCAGUACAGCACAGAGUAAAGUAAAGUGUAGGACAAGACAAGAGCGCCCCGCGUGUUCCUGCUGUGUCUGGUUCAGUGUUUCAUUCGAACCCCGCGACGGUGAAUGUGGUGAUGAGUGGAUACUGUCCGGACCAAGAGCGACCUGUGCCUCACUGGCUGCGGAACCGUCCCGUGUUUUACUGCAUCCGUGAUUGUGUUUCGCGCGCACGCGCUCCUUGCUUCACCUGCGAAGCGGGGCUUGUUCCAUGCGGCGAAGGUAAAUGCUGACAAGCUCCGGUAGUGAGAUCCAGGCUAAAGAACUGGGUGGCCCUGUAGAAGCUUACAGACAUUUGCUUCAAAAUGGGGAACGGACAUUCGGAACAAAACUCGCGUUUUCCAAAUCUGCCGUCUCUACAUUCUCUUCACAUUGCGAUCCUUGGACUUGACUGUGCUGGAAAAACCACAGUGUUGUACAGACUUCAGUUCAAUGAGUUUGUGAACACGGUGCCCACAAAGGGCUUCAACGCGGAGAAGGUGAAGGUGUCACUCGGUGGAUCCAGGACCGUCACCUUCCACUUCUGGGAUGUGGGAGGCCAGGAGAAACUGCGUCCUCUCUGGAAGUCGUACACACGCUGUACGGACGGCAUCGUCUUUGUGGUGGACUCGGUGGAUGCCGAGCGGAUGGAGGAGGCCAAGACGGAACUGCACAAGAUCACAAAGCUCUCAGAGAACCAGGGUGUACCUGUCCUGGUGGUGGCCAAUAAGCAGGACCUAAGGAACUCGCUCAGCUUGGGUGAGAUUGAGAAGAUGCUGGCUCUGCGUGAGCUGGGUGCCUCCCCUUGGCAUUUGCAGCCCACCUGUGCCAUCAUCGGUGAGGGGCUGUUAGAGGGCCUGGAUCGGCUGCAUGACAUGAUCGUGAAACGCAGGAAGAUGCUCCGACAGCAGAAGAGGAAGAGGUGAUUGUAUGUCUCACUGGAGGAAAACAAAAGUGUUUCUGGUCGUGCCUGGUUGAUCCAGAUGUACUGCGUUGUCUGCGCUUCUUGACUGCAGUGGACAGACUCUCAGCUGAGCUUGGCCCGAUGUACUGCAGAGUCAUUUCUUCUGCAUCUGCGGGACUUUAAAGAACAGUGAUAAUUGUCUGAAAACAGAGGCCAGUGCUAUUGUGAGGGUUCUGUCAAAUAGGGGGCAUGUCUACAGGUGCAUUCUUGUGGGGAGGAAAAAAUAUUAGACUUGAAUUUCAUAGCCAAAUAGAUGAGCCAGAUUUUCCCCCUCCUUUUUCAGUGAAGAGAGCAGAGUUUAGGAAUAGAAUCUAUAAACCUGUAAGGGCACCUAUUAGAAUGUAUUGAGACCUGUGGUGUAAAAACAACAUGAAUAAAUUAAACGAUUACCAUAGGUGUGUCUAUAAGAUCUAUAGUGAAGCAUAGAAACCUAUUACUAUUACAUUUUUUAUUCCUGAUACCUCUGCCAGGGUGGCGGUAAAACAUUUGUCAGUCUGGAUUUCCAAGUAGAAGAUCCGGAAAGACUACAGUAGGAAAUGAUGCAGUAUUUUUAUUUUUUAAGAAUAAAGUCACUGAAGUGUAAUUUAGUUUGUCUGAGGAUAAAAGCUUUGGUUGGCUAUUUUAUGUGUUAUGCAACAACAGAGUUUGUUCAUUUAAAUUUGAUCCUCAGCAUAAACUGAGUUCUUUUUGAGACUUUCAAAUGCACUUUAGUUUUUUCUUUUCACUUUCAGAUUUUUUUAAACAUGCGUUGGUAUUUUAAAUAGCUUUUUUGAAGUGAGAAGAGAACUUAAUCGUUGUUUCAAAUUGUUUCUUCUUAAAAUGUUCUGAAGUUGCCCUUUCUGCCUAGACCAAGCCAGGGCAUCUGGUCACCAGAGAAGAUUGUUCCUAAUUAUGUGACUCAAUUGUUCUUCCACAAUAAAUUAAACUGUUUUCAAUUUUUUGAGUGCAUCUGUAUUUUCUCUACAUUUUGAGGAAGGGCUGUAAGAAUUCUUUGUGACGCCUGGGCCCUUUGAUAAAGGAUUCCUAAGAAUUGCGAGCUCUUGAUAUGCUGCUGGUGGACAAACCUAUAGUGCUGACUUGUACUGUACAACUCUUACUCCCUGCUGCCUUCAUGAAUUCAAGUCUGCUCUUGAAUGCUCAUUGUGUUUUUCCCCAGGGCUUCCUGAAU